CGUGUGGCAGGAGGAGAGCGAAACACGACACCCCAAGAGAGAAAGGGGUGGUUGAGGGAACACGAAGUGAGUGAGUGGAAAAAGAAAAAGUCUGCGCCGGAGAAAGAGAGGGGCAAAGAAAGACCAGAGUUGGCUUUUGGGGGUUUCUGUUCCUUUUAGAAGCGCCGCUGUUUUGACUGUCGUUCAGGAUGAUGAUGUGGAGGAGGAAUCGACCAUGCGACAUCGUUGCAACAAACGGGAUGAACAUUUAGUCUCGUUGCAUUCCGCUGCUCCAACACCGACCGACAGCAGCACGACUCCUUCAAACUUCGACCUGCGCCAUUCAGACCCGGGCGACUGGAUUCCCCCCCCCCCGAGGCAACUGUUCGCAUCGGACGCCGCCGCGUAACGUCACUUUAAAACAAAUAUUCAGGCACAAAACUUUUUCAACAGUCGCCGAUGUGUCGAGAUAAAACGCAGAAGCGCGUGUGAACUUAGCGGAGGUAUUUUUCCAACUCAAAGCGAGCACAUAACCGGGGCAGGUUCUCUUCUAACAAGCCCCUUGUGAGAACAACACCGGAGGAAGGAGUGGGGUGUCAUUGCUAACUUGGCUAAACGCAAGCUAACUAAAGUCUAAAGUUACGAGUCGACGGGGGAAAGGGACCGAGGCAGCACGCAGACGACGACAACAAAGAUGAAAACCCCGGCAGACUCGGGGUUUGCCUUUCCGGAUUGGGCCUACAAGCCUGAGUCGAGCCCAGGUUCCAGACAGAUCCAGCUGUGGCACUUCAUCCUGGAGCUGCUGAGGAAAGAGGAGUACCACGACGUCAUCGCCUGGCAGGGAGACUAUGGAGAGUUUGUCAUCAAGGACCCGGACGAGGUGGCCCGCUUGUGGGGGGCGCGGAAGUGUAAACCACAGAUGAACUAUGACAAGCUUAGCCGAGCUCUAAGAUAUUACUACAACAAGAGGAUCCUUCACAAGACCAAGGGGAAGAGAUUCACCUACAAGUUCAACUUCAACAAACUAGUGCUGGUCAACUACCCCUUCAUCGACAUGGGCUCUGGUCGGGUCCCUCAGAGUGCCCCCCCAGUUCCAACUGGAGGCAACCACUUUCGUUUCCCUCCUUCCACGCCGUCAGAAGUCCUCUCAUCCAGUGAGGAGCUGCGCAGCCCAGGCAUGUUCAGCAGUGUGGCUCGCCGCAUGGCCCGGGGUUCUGUGAGCGACUGCAGUGACGGCACCUCCACUAACUCGGAGCUGGAGGAGGCUAUGGGGGCCGAUGAGAGAGGCAUGGGGCCUGAGAGGGCUUACAGGGGCCUACUUCCUCCACGUCUGCCUCAUGAUUCCUUCUUCAGGGUCUACCCAAACCCAGCAGGGCUUGCAAGACAUGGGCCCAGGGUCCACCCAGACCCUCUGUCUCCAUUCCCUGUGUCCCCCCUGCCUGGCCCCGGGGGUCUUCUGGCCCCAACUCUGUCCCCCGCCCUCUCCAUGACCCCUACCCCCCACUUGCCCUACACCCCUUCUCCCUCCCUGUCCUCUCCCAUGUUGGGCUCCCACUUCUCCUUCAACCCGGAGGACAUGAAGCACUACCUGCAGGCCCACACCCAGUCUGUCUACAACUACCACCUCAGCCCCCGAGCCUUCCUCCACUACCCCAACAUCAUUAUUCCUCAGCCCCACCGCCCCACCCCAGAGAAGCCAGCUGCCCAUCACCUCCACGGGCAGCAGCAGCACCCGUCACCGUUCUCUCAUUCGCUCAGCCAGCAGCCAGGUGGCGGAGAGGAGGGGCAGCAGCACCCAUCACCGUUCAAGUUCAAGCUGCAGCCGCCGCCGCUUGGACGCAAACAGAGGGAAUCUGGAAGCUCACUGGCUGCUGCUUCUUCUUCUUCUUCCUCUUCCUCCAGCCAAUCCUCCUCAUUCACAGGGUCAAGUCAGAAAAUCAACUCUGCCUUGUCUGCCGGGCCUCCUAAGAUCAAGGUGGAGCCCAUUUCUGACAUUGAGUCAGAAGAAGAGGUGGAGGUGACUGACAUCAGUGAUGAAGAUGAGCUCAAUCAUAUUGAUGAGGAUGAAGGUGACAUCUUCAGCAGGACGGCACAUCACCAUCAUCAUCAGCUCAACGACCAUCUCCGAGCUAACGGAAAUGGGAGCAGCCAUGCUGCCCCUCCGCACAGUAACCCUGAUGACGACCCUGAUGAUGAUGAGGUCUUCAAGACUCCUGCCACUCCUUCCCUCAGCAGCGGCAGCCUGGCCUUCCCUCUGAUCAACCUGAAGAGUGAGCCGGGUCAGGCAGCUCCCAUCAGCCCUGGAGGCACACGCUGCAUCCCGCUCAAACUCCGCUUCAAACGCCGCUGGAGCGAAGACCAGAAGAUGGAGGCGGACGGAGAGAGGGAUGAGGCAGAGGACAAGAAAGUGAGGGCUAACGGAGAGGAGGAGGUGGAGGGCAAAAGAGAGGAGGUGGGCAGGAGAGUGGGGGAGGUGGAGAAUGGGGGAGGAAGAGAAGGAGCAGGAGGUGUUAUUUUGGGGUUGAUGCUGCCACCGCCUCCCACCCAGCGCCGAGCAAGCUCCGAGCUGCAGAGGGCCACAGCACAGCUGUCAUUGGAAAACACUGGCUGCUGAGUCUCAUGCACACAUACGUACACACACACAGACACACACCUCUGAGUCUUGUCUACAAACUUAAUAGUUUUAGACAAUUAUGCUUUGUGGUUUCUUGACGGCAGUAGUGACUGUAGCCGGUUUUGUUUGCUUAAGGUGAAAGGUGGAGACAGUACCUGAAAGGUGAUUAUACAAACACACUUAAAUGUUGUACCGUAUGUAGAAAGUUUGUGCAAUAAUUAAAGGUGGUGCUGUGAGGUCACCACAAGCUCCUUCAAUUACUUAACGUUAAACAAAAAAAAUGUCCCUGCAUGUGUGACAUCUAUAUACUCACAAUGCGUUAAAGGACCAGAUGUUGACAUGAUUACCUCUCAGGUUUUGUCACUAUUGGCAGCAUUAACACCUUUGACUUCGUACCUUCCUAUGGCCAGUACUGUUAGCAAGCAACCACUAGCCAUAUAGCCUGCGUAAAAGCAUAGAUGUGCCUGUGUAGCUUCUAAUGUUCUGCAGGGCAAGACACCUUUGUGCCCCUGGUACAUCUUCAGACAUGAACACAGCAGACAGUAUUUUUGCUGUGACUUACAAUUAAGAGAUAAUCAAACAUAGUUUGUAUAUUUCCUUCUGACCCCUUUUUAACAUUAGAGUCAUACAGAGAGGGAGUCUGCUCUUAAUAUCUCCUAGGAAUUGCACAUUGCCUUUUCAACACCUCAUAACGCCAGUUAAAUAUGCCAGGGAUCACCUCACAUCACACCUGUGCCCAGAUUGUCUUUUUAAUGGGUCUAUUUGUUUAUCUGGUGCAGUGAAACUAGUCACAGUCACCCAAAAGCAUACAUAGGCUGGAUUGUACAGCAGUGGAUAGACUGAUUUUUCUUACCCACACCUGGCUCACUUAAAGGUAGUGAGCCCUCCUACUUACUUCUCCCUCUCUCCUCAUUUGUACUCACCGUAACAGACAUAUAGAUCCUGAUGUUACUAAAACACUUUUAACAGCGCUGAUAGAGAUUACAGAAGUGCCUGUCUGUCUGCUCGCAUCACCAAGCAGUCGUUUACAAAAUGGAGGGCAAUAAGAAGAAAAUAAGCCCUUGCUCCGAUGCAUCUUACAGACUGAAGAGGGUGAAGAAGCUCUCCCAAUCACAGUCUUUUCUCCAGGACACUAUCAGACUACAGACUGAGUUGAGUGGUCUCUUCGUCCUCGGCUCAUUCACUACAGUGUAUAAAGACAUGAAAUGAGGGUGGAACUGUACAUCUUGAGGACAGUCAAAGUCUGAGUGAGAAGGAGAGGAAGAUUGUGAUGAACUGGCUUUGAUCUCUCAACCUCUGGCCUGCCACACAAGACAUUUGUCAGCUAGCAGAUGGACGUGGUUCUCGCUCUACAGAGCAAUCACCUGGGUUUCUGAGGAAAGAAAUCAGUCUCUCCUUUUCCUCUUCACUUGUUGAAGAAAAGAGGAAGCAGCUACUAGAACGGCUGUAUUUAGAGAUACACGUGUUUCUGUGUGGACCCAUAGCCGGUGUAAAAGCAUCAGGCCUCGAGAAUACAGAGGGUGUCUCAGCUUGUCGUGUCCCCGCGUGACUUCGCACAAUCUUUAAAGGGUUCGAGGGCAUUCGUAGUAUUUUCUCCCUCCAACAUACAGAUCAGCAGCUCUCUUCUGCAUUCCCCCCGUUUGUUAUUUUAAAGACUGUAUUCUUUCUGUCAAAGGAGGCUUGUGCCUCUUAAGAACAUGGACAGUAUUUCAGGGCAUUUGCGGUGAUCUGAGGACUUUCUGUAUUUUGGAGACAAUAGCCGAAUCUGUUCAUGUGAUGUUUUUGAGACGCGACGAUUGAAGCGAACUGAUUUGUCUAGGGGAGAACGGGGAACCAUGUAAUGAAUGUCAAGCAUCAAGGUUAACUCAGGCAAACCUUCACUGCGAUAUCGAGAAAAAAAACUUAUUUUUAUGACGUUUUACUCGUAUAGUUCCAAAAAGAGAGAAAAAAAAAAACAUUGUGCCCAUUUUAACGAACAAAUAAUUCCAAAUAAGAUUGUGCCUUUUUAAAGCCAACGAGAGUUUUAUCAAGUCACCCCCAGCAAAAUGUUUUAUCAAAAACAAACACACACAGUACCACCAUGCCUUCUGUUUUUUGUAAAAGAGAGAUACAGAAUAAGUAAAUCUACACAUAUAUAUUUUAUUCGAAUAUAUAUUGAAUUCAAAUAUUAUAUUUCAAUAUGGUCAUUUGAUACAAAUCAGGAAAAUCCUAUUUUUAACGGUAAAGAUGUGUAUAUAUUCUAAUGGGCAUAUUAUUCCCAGUAUAAUUCAGCCUUUGCCUUCUCACCCUUGCCUUCUCUUGACCGUUGAGCUGCAGCGACAAAGGCCACCAGUAUCAGAGUUUUAUAUUUAUAUUGUAAAAAAACAAACAGUUAUUGUGUAAUCAGGGGGUGGAGAAAGUGAUGGGACGAGGAUAAAUGAUACAUUUUCAACCAGCCCCAGGUCAAAUCAUAUUUACCUUGUUGGGGGGCGUGUUUGUUUUAUCAUCCCUGGAGUAGCAGAUAGGCGGGGUUUCCCACAUCAGGAAACUGGAAGGUGAAUUUAAUUCCCUUUUUCUGUUAACAUUUUAGCUCUUUUUACCUUGUCCCGCAUGCUUACCCGCCUGCAACUCAAAAACAAGUAUUUAGCAGCCACUCUUUGACCCCAGACUGCUUUAAAGAAAUGCGUUUUUUAACUGUAACUGGAGCUGGUGACGGACUCUGUGUUCAGAGCAGACAUGAUUCUGAUUGGAUGACAGCAGGUUUUCGCCUCGCAAAGCCAGCAGGACCGCCGCUGCUGAUGUGACGUGAUAUGAGCGUGGACUCUGGACUCAUGCAGGCUUUGUGUGAACCGAGUGCGUAUGGGCUGGUCUGAACCCUUCCCAUACGCAACACACACUCUCUCUCACACACACACAAACACACACACACACACACCUCACUCACCCUGUCUUGGUUAAAGUGAGGCUUUACUGUGGCCAGAAUAAAGGGAAACAUGACAUCACACGUGACAUCAGACGCCCCCACAGUCUCUCUGGAGUAGACUGCAAACCAUAGAAACUACACACACACACACACACGCACGCACGCACGCACACACACACACACACAGGAAAUGGAGUCACAAAACCUCAGAGCGGAGUGGAGAGAGAGGGACUUCCCAUAACCUGACUCCCUCAUUCUGCUCGGUGUGUAUGUGCACUUGUGAAUGUGUAGGUUCUAUAGUUAUGCUAUCUACACACACACACACACACACACACACACACACACACACACACACACACACACACUUUUCUACACAGUUAAGAAAGGACAAGCCAGAUGAAGUCUUCGCCUGGGGUAUUUAGUCCCAGUAUUCUUGUCCAGAUUGUCCAUCUCGCUCCAGUCUCAAAUUUAUUUUGAGAUUUUUCCUCACCAGGUACAAAAGAACUCCCCUCUAUCCUUCUGAUUGGCUAGUUACAUUAUCAGCAUUGUAAAGAGUCAAACCUCCCACUUUUUUGCCAUUUGUAAGUUUAGAUUGCUAAGAAGUGCAAGCAAAAAACUAAAUUUUAGGUAACUUGAAGGCAGUUUUGAAAGUGUCUGGUAAAGCAGAAUACAAACACCAAGCUGUACCUGAACUGUUGCACCUGUGCUGCCUUACCUGCCGUGGCUUCAAACACAAAACGCACCAGAAUGACCCUUUCCCCACAGGUCGGUAUUUUCACUCCUCGAUUUAAUCGAUGCUUAUCAUUUCUUCUGUAUUUUUUUCAGACAUAUUACUGUUACUCUUGUAAUUAUUAUAUUAUUAACAUGACUCUUUUUGAUUAUUUUGUACCCUCUUGCCCAUGGACCGGUCUCUUCUCCAUGAAUUCUGUUUUUCUAGUUGGUGUCAGUGCACUCUUCUUUCUUUCUUUCUAUUUUCUUUUUACUCAUGCUGAUUUUAUAACCAUGUUACCAUGGACAAGAGGAGGGUCACAUAAUCCCCACACGAUAUACAGCAGGGGAAUAAACUAUUGUUUUCAUAUUAUGUUGUAUAUAUUUUUUUUUCCAUUUUGGAGGAUUCUGUAUGAAAAAAGAUUUGUACUGUUUAACCAUUGUAUUUGAAAUGCGUCCCCUGUCCUCUUUCUGGUCGUCUCCAUCUCUCUUCUCAUGUCCACCUCAACACUGAGCUGUCACUCCAGAGGAGAGACGGAGACUUGUAGUUUUUAUCAUGGAGGAACCACCUGUACUUCAGUUUCUCGUCUAUCUGUUCAUCUUCAUUUGUAAUUAAACAAUAAUCAGGGUUCAUUAAAAAAAAAGGUGAAAAUGGA